AUGUCGACAAACAUGUCUGCGCUUAGUAUUUUAUUUUGGUGCAUUUUUUUAAGUGUCUACUUCUCAUUAGUACAGAGCAAAGGAUUAAUGCUUUUAUAUCGUCCUAAGGACAUCAGUAAUGACUGCAUUUUGUCUCAUCAUCUUAGAUACGACAUAUCUUUUGGCAUGGGGAUGGCAGAUACUAUCACCUUGGUACUAAGAACACAAAGCCAGUUGGACUACCAGUGUGUGAUUGAAAUAGUGACCGACAUUCACAUUCAUCUGUUAGUGGUGAUUCGAUUCCCCAAUGAUAUUGGGAGUAACUGCCAAAUAAAUCAUAAUGUUUUAACUAUCUUCAAUAGGAAUGUUUGCCAAACUAUCUGCGAAGUUAUCGGAAAUAGAGAAAUUUUUACACCCUACUUUAUAAUGUCUACCACACGACAGAUUAAACUUCAUUUUAUGAGCAAUAGCAGCAUCAAUUCUGAAUUAAAUGCCACUCAGUAUCAGAUAACAGCCACUGCUGCUCGCUUGAGACCUCUGAAGGGCUGUAGCAAAGACAACGAGACUUUGUGUACAACGCUAGAGGAUGAGUUCUGCUUCACCAGCGGCGUGGUGUGUGAUGGCAUCAAAAAUUGUGGCGUACCAGAUUGGUUUGAUGAACGAAAGUCGGAGUGUGGUAUGCCCGAGGAGAGGCUCUCCUACGCGCCUGUGGUUGCUGUGGUCGCUGCAGUGCUCUGUGCACUGAUGGUAGUCGGUCAUUUUAUGUCGCGAUGUCUACCACCCCUCACCAAUACAUUCUUCAUAUUCAACACUAAUGAAGACAAUAGACUUUGUAUAGACCCAGUUUUAAUCCCACCAGAUGAAGGUCCCGCGGAAGAGAUUGUUAUUAAGAGAUCUUCCCUCAUACCGGUACCAAGUUCGAGCAGUUCUGAAGUUGAAAUAGGUAAAAAAGAAUUGCUGGUCACAAUUUCUGAAGAUGCCAAAAUAUCGAGCAAGAAUUCUUCGCCUAAUGAUCCAGGUACCACGCAAUGUCACAUCCCUAGAUCAACUGUCGCUUCGGUUUGGCCGAUCCGCCCGCAUCGCCGCCAUUUGAAUACGGAUCGUUACAAGAAUCACACGCGAACGAGAACGAUCGAACGUGUAAUAAAUACAUUUAAAAUGUCACUAUCAAAACCCGCACAAUAUUUGGAAUUUAAUAAAAGGAAAGCGGACACAUCAGUUUGGAACCAUUUUCUUAGGGCGGAAGAUGGGCAAUCCGGUAAAUGCAAAUUAUGCUUUAAAAUUUUAAAAUGCCACGGUGGUGCGACAACAGGUUUGCAUGUACAUUUGAAAUCUACCCACGCUAUUGAUCUGAAAGAGAAAAAAAACCUUUUGCUGUCUCAAUCAGAAACUCAAUGUAGUACUUCCGUUACUCCUAGCACCAGCAACAGCAUGCCCAGAGCAGCAAAAAAGCUUAAAAUGAUCACUGCCUUUUUUGACACAUCUCUAGAGCUGGCUGUAAAAGUGUCAAGGAUGGCCGCUCUUGAUGGCAUUCCUUUCAGUAAAUUUUGCACAUCUGAAGACCUUCGAGAUCUUUUCCACAAAUGUGGAUAUAAUUUGCCGGCGUCUGGUAGCGCUAUAAGAGACAUUGUACUUAAUCAGCACAAAUUCUUAAAAAAACAACUCCGACAGCAAAUUUCACAAGAUAAAACAAGACGAUAUUCUGUAUCGCUUGAUGAGUAUACAUCAAUCCGCAAUAGACGUUACAUGAAUGUUAAUUUACACUCCGAUAAAUUUAAGGAUAACUUCAAAAAUCUCGGCCUUGUGAGAAUUGUAGGCAGUAUGCCUGCAAUAACAGCAUACCAUUACUUGAAACAACAUCUUAAAGAAUUUGCUGUUGAUUUGGACAAAGACGUUGUUUGCUUAACAUCUGAUGGGGCUGCAGUUAUGGUUAAAAUGGGGCGAUAUUACAAGGGCUACCAUCAAAUUUGUCUGGCUCAUGGCUUACAGUUAGGAGUGAUUGAUGUCUUAUAUAAAAAAGAAAACAGUGAAUAUAAUGAAAGAGGUGAUACUGAAACGAGACAGGAGGAUUUUGUGGCCAUGGAUAUAACUGAUAUUGUUGAUAUAUCUGCUUCUGAAUAUGUAGAAAAUGAAGAUCAGAUAUUAGAAGAUAAUGACGAUGAAGAUGACGAAGAAAUUGGAGGUUUUGAGAUUGAAGGGGCCUCUGUACAGCAAGAAAUGGAAAAAAGACAAUUAAACUUUGAAAAUGUUAUUGAAAAGAUUAGAAAGCUGGUCAGGUCAGUACGAAAAUCAAGCUUAAAAAAUGAAGCCAUACAAAAAUACGUAGUAGCAGAAUAUGGAAAAGAACUGAACCUCAUUCUUGAUUGUAAAACUAGAUGGUCAAGUUUAAGCGAUAUGAUUGAAAGGUUUUUAAAGCUCAGGUCUGCUAUCACCAAAGGAUUUCUAGACUUAGACAUAGUAGUGCCUGUCAAUGAAGAAGCAGUAGCAGUACUUAAAGCUUUACACGAAAGUCUUCAUGUCGUUAAGAUAACUGUAGAGUCGCUUUGUCAGAGAGACGCUGAUUUGAUGACGGCCGAUACAGCUCUUAAAUUCAUGUUAAAGUCUUUAGAUAGUAACCAAAACGGUAACAUUAGCAAAAAUCUGGCACAAAGCCUUAGGAACCGCAUUAAGGAAAGACGUCUCCCUAUAGCAUCUGUUUUGGUGUAUCUUUACGAUUCAGAAGAUUAUCACGAAGACAACUUUGACCGUGAGACAUUUUCUAAACCGACAAGCAACGAAAUGUUAGAAGAAAUUGUGAAAAUAAUUAAAAGGUUGGACGAUUCACUAAGCCCGGAAGAAGAAAACUGUGAGAAGUCUGCUGAAGAAAACGUGAAUGAAGAAGCACAAGGAAUGAGUAUGAAACAAAAAUUACAAGAAACUAUUCAGAGACGAAGAGUUACUAUGAAAAGUAAAAAGAAAACAACAAAUAUUGAUCUGGAAAGUUUGCUAAGAGUUGAAAUGGCGGUAUUUGAAAACGGCGGCGGAAGAGGUCAAUAUCUGACUAAAUGUUUCGAAUAUUUAAAAACAAUUCCACCUACCAGUGUGGAGGCUGAACGCGCGUUUUCAGCAGUUUCAAACGUUUGUAGCCGUGUGAGAAGUUCGUUGAAAGACAACAGUUUAGAUGCACUAACUUUUUUAAAAUUUCAUUACCAACAGAAGUCUAUCUGAGCUGUGGGUAAUUUUUAUUUAAUUAGUAAUUUUAUUAAAGUAAAUAGCUCUUUUAAUGGUUUUUUAUUUCUACUUAUAACAAUAGCCCUUAGUUUCAUUAUAAUAUAGUUGUAUGCCAUUUUAGAAGGAAGCUUCAAA